AUGCAUGUUCGACAGCCAGAGCCCACCAUGAACCACCGCGAGAUGUCAAGAAGCUCAGAGUCAGCCGUAGGAAGGCAUGCUGACGUCAUGAAGUUGGCAAAGAGCUGUGCCUCACGGUUCCUGCUCAUUCGCCCUUAUUGGCCGGGGCUGGAAAGGAGCAUCUACUGGCUGAUGACCGUAGGCGUCGUCGUGUAUCCGUGGAUUAAACUUUACGAAGUCAGUUCUGCGUACGAUUGGAGACGCCAACCGACGUACUUCGUAGUCAACCGGUUGUGGGGUUUUGGAGAAAGGCCUAAAGACACAACAGAUCUGGAAUGGAGCCAGUGGUGCUAUUUCGCGAGUCAACUGUUUCCUUACUACUUCAUUCACGCAGUGCUGUUUAACGUGGCUUCGAAACUGUUGCCUCAGCGCAUCUGGUCUCUAACGAUGCUGUUCUACUGGGUGACAGCGUGUUGCAUCGUCUUCCACCCAUCGUCAGUGAUCGUGGUGGUUUCCGUAGGAGCUGUUAUGUAUACGGUAACCGCGCUAACGCGAAGCAUCGCACUCGUAUGGAUUAUGAGCUGUUGCUUUCUAUACCUGGUCAUGGAUAUGCUGCCAGAGUUGCCGAUAAAUAAAGGCAUAAGCCAUUACGGGGUGAUUGCCUUUUUCACGUACAAAAUCGUCCAAUUUACCAGCUACUGUUUGGACAGCAUAGAAUCGAAAUCGAGCAAGCGGUUCUUCGAAGGCAUUUAUGAAAUGUUUUGGUACUCUUUCUACUACCCGUAUUUGGUUUACCUCAUCGUACCCUUUAAGCAUUUCGCCGAAGGAAUGAACCGCAGGAAGGCUGAACAGCAAAACCUGUAUCGAGUGGCGUUCUUCGCUCUGCGCGUCCUGUUCUGGUACACGCUGAUCAACGUAGGUUUAUACUUUUUCUACUUCAGCGCCAUCGUGAACAAUACGGACUAUCUGGACCAACUUCCUAGGGACGCGCUGUGCUCGAUCGGCUGCUGCAUAGGGCAGUUCUUCCACAUGAAGUACGUUGUCAUAUUCGGGUUGCAAGCGCUGUUCGCUAAGCUCGACAAAUUGGAACCCCCUGCCGGGCCGAUCUGCAUUUCGAGAGUUACGCUUUACAGCAAGCUGUGGCGGUACUUCGACAGGGGGCUGUACUCGUUCUUCAAGGAGUACAUCUUCGUGCCAAUCUGCCGUCCGUCGUUCUCCGUCCCACGACGUCUGUUGGCGAUGCUGCUCUGCUUCGGGUUCGUGAUUCUUUGGCACGGUAGUGACCACAACUACAUCGUGUGGGUGUCGCUGAACAUCGCCGAGAUUUUGCUCGAGAACACCAGCAGGGCCAUUUACAACAUCCCGGCAGUCAAGAGCUGGCGAGAAAGGCACAUUUCCGAUGGGUGUUUCCGACGCAUCCUAGCCCUACUCUGUGUCAUUCCCUACACCUUUGGACUAUAUUCAAAUUUUUACUUUCUGAGCACAUCGGAAGCCGGAUAUAUAUUCGUGAAUAAAUUUUUCUGGUCAGAUACGAUUCAUCUGCGUUAUCCUUUUCUUAUUCUGGUGUUUUUCGGUUAUUGUUUUGCCAACGUCACAAUCGAAUUGGAUUCCCAUUUGGAACAGAAAAAAACGAUUAUUAAAACAGAUUAUUUCCAUGUUCAUUAA